CAGGAUGAGAAAGUGCGAGACUUCCUGUUAUGUGUGUGUGACAGCUGGUGAUAAGUGGAGGGCCCUGCACAGGAAAUCCGCUCAGCUUCUGCAAUGGGGCCUGCCUGACACUUGGGCGCUCCUUCAGUCUCGAUGUUGAUGGCAGGACAAAGGGGCGCCUGGACCAUGGGUGACGUGGUCGAGAAGAGUUUGGAAGGGCCCCUGGCACCUUCUACAGAUGAGCCCUCCCAGAAAAGAGGAGACUUGGUCGAGAUCUUAAAUGGGGAAAAGGUCAAAUUUGACGACGCGGGACUCUCCUUAAUUCUUCAGAAUGGCCUGGAGACCCUGCGAAUGGAAAACGCUCUGACAGAUGUCAUCUUGUGUGUGGACAUUCAGGAAUUCUCCUGCCACCGCGUGGUGCUUGCCGCAGCCAGCAACUAUUUCAGGUCAGCAUGCCUAGGACCAGAGUCAAAUCGGGUGCAAGUUGCAAGGAAGAGGGCCAUGUUCUGCAACGAUUUAAAGGAAAAGUAUGAGAAAAGGAUCAUUAUUAAAGGGGUUGAUGCUGAGACCAUGCACACUCUCCUGGACUACACGUACACCAGCAAGGCGCUGAUCACCAAGCAGAAUGUCCAGCGGGUCCUGGAGGCUGCUAACCUCUUCCAGUUCUUGCGGAUGGUGGAUGCCUGUGCCAGCUUCCUCACUGAAGCCUUGAACCCAGAAAACUGUGUUGGAAUACUGAGGCUGGCCGACACACACUCACUGGACAGUCUAAAGAAGCAGGUUCAGAGUUACAUCAUUCAAAACUUUGUGCAGAUUCUGAACUCUGAGGAGUUCCUUGACCUACCCGUGGACACUCUGCAUCACAUCUUGAAGAGUGAUGACCUUUACGUGACCGAGGAAGCUCAGGUGUUUGAGACCGUGAUGAGCUGGGUCCGGCACAAGCCAUCAGAACGGCUCUGCUUACUCCCCUAUGUCCUCGAGAACGUGCGCUUACCGCUUCUGGACCCGUGGUACUUUGUGGAGACGGUGGAAGCAGAUCCUCUCAUCAGGCAGUGCCCAGAGGUCUUCCCGCUGCUCCAGGAAGCCAGGAUGUACCACCUAUCUGGCAAUGAGAUCAUUUCGGAGCGCACCAAGCCCAGGAUGCAUGAGUUCCAGUCUGAGGUGUUCAUGAUCAUCGGCGGCUGCACGAAGGAUGAACGGUUUGUGGCAGAGGUGACCUGCCUGGACCCCCUGAGGCGCAGCCGCCUGGAGGUGGCCAAGCUCCCACUAACGGAGCAUGAGCUGGAGAGUGAGAAUAAGAAGUGGGUGGAGUUUGCAUGCGUGACAUUGAAAAAUGAGGUCUACAUCUCAGGUGGCAAAGAAACACAGCAUGAUGUUUGGAAAUAUAAUUCUUCGAUCAACAAGUGGAUUCAGAUUGAGUAUUUAAACAUAGGCCGCUGGAGGCAUAAGAUGGUGGUGUUGGGUGGCAAGGUCUAUGUGAUUGGAGGCUUUGACGGCUUACAGAGAAUCAACAACGUGGAGACCUACGACCCCUUUCAUAACUGCUGGUCAGAGGCCGCACCCCUCCUUGUCCAUGUCAGUUCCUUUGCAGCCACCAGCCAUAAGAAGAAGCUCUAUGUGAUCGGGGGAGGGCCCAAUGGGAAACUGGCCACAGACAAGACUCAGUGUUAUGACCCUUCCACCAACAAGUGGAGUUUGAAGGCGGCCAUGCCGGUGGAGGCUAAAUGCAUCAAUGCAGUGAGUUUCCGGGACCGCAUCUAUGUCGUUGGUGGGGCCAUGAGAGCGCUGUAUGCCUACAGCCCGCUGGAAGACAGCUGGUGCCUGGUGACCCAGCUCAGCCACGAGCGGGCCAGCUGCGGCAUCGCGCCCUGCAACAACCGGCUCUACAUCACCGGCGGGCGGGACGAGAAGAACGAGGUUAUCGCCACGGUGCUGUGCUGGGACCCGGAGGCCCAGAAACUGACAGAGGAGUGCGUCCUGCCCCGGGGCGUGUCGCACCACGGCAGCGUCACCAUCAGGAAGUCGUACACCCACAUCCGCAGGAUCGUGCCUGGAGCAGUGUCUGUCUGACGGCAGGAUGGGGAGCUGGAGAGCCCCCACCCCCGACCCUCAGCGUGCCCGCCUCACCUCUCACCCUCCUCCAGUCCCACUUCAGGCAGCAGGCUCGAGUUUGAGGCCAUACAUCAGGGGAUCCCCUUGACUCACUUUGGGGGAACCUUGGAAGUCAUAGUUUGGGGUCACUUGAGACCGGCCAGGAAUGUUUGCAUGACCUACCUCAGGAGGGGAGGCGAGGAAGAGUAAUAUUUAGCAUUCAGGACCCACCCAUCCUAUGCCGGCUUCUGUGCCAGGCACUUCCUUGUAUCGGUUCUUUUAACCUAGUGACUGGCUCUUAUCACUUCUAGUUUACAGGUGAGGGAACCGAGUUUCACAGAGGCUAAGUGGCGUGCCCCCCGCCCCCCAGCCCCAUCACUCAGAUAGCAAGUAGCUACCCCAGGAGUCUAAAACUCAGGUCUUUCAGCUCCGAAGUCAAUGCUCUUUCCACCAUGCUCCCUAUCUCAGAGCAGGAAAAACAAACAAAUAAACGAAAACAAAACCUGGCUUAUGCCGGGCGCGGCGGCUCACGCCUGUAAUCCCAGCACUAUGGGAGGCUGAGGCGGGCGGAUGACCUGAAGUCAGGAGUUCGAGACCAGCCUGGCCAACAUGGUGAGACCUCCCCAUCUCUACUAAAAAUACAAAAAUUAGCCGGGUGCAGUGGCAGGCGCCUGUAAUUCCAGCUACUCAGGAGGCUGAGGCAGGAGGAUCACUUGAACUUGGGAGGUGGAGGUUGCAGUGAGCCAAGAUCGCGACACUGCACUGCAGCCAGGGCAACAAAAGUGAAACUCUGUCUCCAAAACAAAAACAAAAACAAAAACACCUGGCUCAUUUCUUGUUUUGGCAAGUCUGCUAAAAGAUUCACUCAGCACGGCAGGGAAAUAAAGGUGUUUCCUGUUUUCUUUC